CAGUCGUUACGAAGACUAGAGAGCGCGCGUACAACGGGAAUCAAAAGUUAAUUGAGCAAAUUAAAAACUUGUUUAUAUACAAUUGACAUCUUAAGAAACUCGGACUUUUGUGUUUGUUUACCAUUUAUUGAUAUGAUAUCCUAAUGACAAGAAGAAAACAGCAAGCUCCUAAGAAAGUUAAAUUCGAAGAGUCUUCUGACGAGCCUCUAGACUUGUCCCUCAAGAGUAAUUCGGCUUUAGACCUAACAACAAAGAAAAAGGCAAAUGACUCGUCUGUCUCGUCUUUAAAGAGCUUAGAACAAAAAUUUGGAGGAAACGCCUUCCUGACAGCAGAAAAUAAUAAACCAAAACCAAUUAAAUCCUCAACUUUAAAUUCAACGUUAAACUCUUUUGGCGGUCAAGUUUACCAUGCUGCUCUGUAUGGUUCUUGUCUACCAUCAACAGUGCCUCUACGCCAACCUACUCCUCGCCCUUCAAAGUUCUUCGCUCUAGCAAACAAAUUCACAAGUUAUACUUGCCAAUGUGGUGCCACCUUCGAUUGUCUGUAUGAUCUGACCGUCCAUAUGCAAAAGACAAAACAUAAACCGACAUAUGGCAAUAACCAAGGCACGGAAGAUUUACCAAAACUAGUCAGAGGUCAGGACAUGUGGUUGAGUCAAGGUAAAAAAAAUUACUCUUUUUUUUCUUGUUCAGUGAUAUUCUAUCAUUAAUAUGUAAAAACAAAUGUCAAGGUCGGUCAACAUAUUCAAGUAUUGGCGUUAAAAGUAUUUACUCGGAAUAUAAUCUAUGCAAAUCAGACCUAAGUCUCUUCAAGAGGGAAUUUUUGCCGCAGACUGCGAAAAAGAUAAAUUCCCUCAAAUUAGAAUUGAUUUGAAUAAAUUUACAUAAUAAGUAUACAAAAAUUUAAGAGGAGGAGUGAAAAAUGAGAAUAAUAUUCUUAUUAAAGGCUUGUUAUGAUUGAUCAGCAAUAAAUUAUGAGCAGAAUAUGUUAUAUUAAACAAGAGAGCACUUGAAUAGUCUUGGAUCAUAUAUUACCAAGUGUAUGCAACAGGAAAACGCCGCCUUUAAGACAGAUAUAAAUAUUGAUAAUAUUCCUUAGUUUAUCCACCGUAACUCGUUAAUCAUUCUUUUGUUUCUUUCUUAUUCCUAUGUAUAUUCUCCUAUCAUAUUAUAAGUAUAAAAUAAUAAAAGAGGCUGGCUAUCAUUAAUUAUACAAUUUUAAAAUAUACAACUUAUAUUUAACUGCUGCAUUUGUUGUUUUUUUUUUAUCAAUUUUUAACACUAGGUUAGAUUUUUAUUGCAUGUUAUAUACGAUUUUCAAGUCAAUACUGAUUAAUUCUUGUCUUCUCUUCUAUCAUUUUAGGCUCUGAACAAACAAGACAAAUUCUUCGAUGCAUCACCUGUUGCGAAUCGUUUAGUAGUCUUGCAGAAUUGACGGUCCAUAUGAUGCACACUAAACAUUAUUCUAAUAUCUUGCACGAAGUUAAGUCAUCGUCUGGCAAGAAAGAAGGAACUCUACAUUGUGAAGUUUGUGGUCAAGACGUCGAGUGUUCGAAGUUUGGAGCACACGCUCAGCAAUGUGUCAAACGUGAUAAUUCAAAAUCUCCACAGCAAGAAACUGAAAUUGAGAGAAAACCUUCCCCUUUACCUUUGGUUGAGCCUGCCGACGAAGACGCACCAAGCGCUCUAAAGGCCAUGCAGAGCUUUAUUGAACGUAGCUUUUCAACUACUCCAAAAAAUUCAUUACCUAGCUCGAGAUCGUCUUCAACAAGUCCGAAAAGGAAAUACAUUGAAGAUGAAGAAGUUCGACAGAAAGACAAUGAACAUCCCCUUAACUCCUUACAAAGAUUAAUUAAAAAUACCGAAACAACAUCUUCGUCAACACCAAAUAUCAUACUUGUAAACCCUAUUGUAACGGUUGUCUCGCCCUCUGAAAAAACUCCCCCAAUUGAAAAGGAAAAUUCUGAAUUUACAUGCCCCGUUUGCAAAAGGGCUUACGUUUCAAAAGGUUCCUAUAGAUAUCACGUAAGCAGGUGUCACGUAAGACCUGGUAAACGAAAAAUGGAUGGAAAAGGUGAAAUCGGAGAAAAAUUGACUAAUUAUUACAAACUAGCAGCUGAAUUAUCCAGUAAAUAAGCACGAACUGGAACGAUCCUGUGUAAAAAGAUUUAUAUCUAUAUACUGUUCAUCUGUAUGUACGUAUAUCAGCCAUUAUAUUAUAAUAAAUAUAUUAAUAAAAUCACUAUGAUCUUCU